GCCAGCAAGUCUGACCUUCCACCACCGAGCAAAUGUCACCUCCAGUGUCUCCUGAGCCCAAGACAUCUCCGCUUUAAACUAGCAAGCGAUGCAUCCUUCAGAAAGAUUCUUGCAGGUUAAAAGGGGAUGCUUGGAGUGAUAACUGGCAGGAGGAGGCUGCCAUGGCUGAGUAGGUGGAACAGAGAAACCAUCUCUUCACUCUUAGCUUUUAAGACUGCUGGCUCUCUGAGUGCCCGGCGAACAUCUCCUCCUGUUUCUAAGAUGACGCCUAUGUGAGCGCUGUGGGCUAUGGGAUGGAUGAGGUGGAGCAGGACCAGCAUGAGGCCCGACUCAAGGAGCUGUUUGACAGUUUUGACACCACAGGCACCGGGUCCUUGGGACAGGAGGAGCUCACCGACCUUUGCCACAUGCUGAGCUUGGAGGAGGUGGCCCCGGUGUUGCAGCGGACGCUGCUUCAGGACAAUCUCCUGGGCAGGGUACAUUUUGACCAGUUUAAAGAAGCAUUAAUACUUAUCCUAUCUAGAACUCUAUCCAAUGAAGAGCACUUUCAAGAACCAGACUGCUCGCUAGAAGCCCAGCCUAAGUAUGUUAGAGGUGGGAAGCGUUACGGACGGAGGUCCUUGCCUGAGUUUCAAGAAUCUGUGGAGGAGUUUGCGGAGGUGACGGUGAUCGAGCCCCUCGAUGAGGAAGCACGGCCCCCGCACAUCCCAGCUGGCGGCUGCGGUGAGCACUGGAAGACCCAAGGCAGCGAGGAGUAUGAAGCAGAAGGUCAGUUAAGGUUUUGGAAUCCAGAUGACUUGAAUGCCUCACAGAGUGGGACCUCCCCUCCCCAAGACUGGAUAGAAGAGAAACUGCAAGAGGUUUGUGAAGAUCUGGGGAUCACGCGUGAUGGUCACCUGAACCGGAAGAAGCUGGUCUCCAUCUGCGAGCAGUACGGCUUGCAGAACAUAGAUGGAGAGAUGCUUGAGGAAGUAUUUCAUAAUCUUGAUCCUGAUGGAACCAUGAGUGUAGAGGAUUUUUUCAAUGGUCUGUUUAAAAAUGGAAAAUCCCUUACACCAUCAGCAUCUACUCCGUACAGACAACUGAAGAGGCACCUCUCCAUGCAGUCUUUUGAUGAAAGUGGACGUCGUACAACAACCCCUUCGGUGAUGACGAGCACCAUUGGCUUCCGGGUCUUCUCCUGCCUAGAUGAUGGGAUGGGCCAGGCAUCUGUGGAGAGAAUACUUGACACCUGGCAAGAGGAGGGCAUUGAGAACAGCCAGGAGAUCCUAAAGGCCUUGGAUUUUAGCCUUGAUGGAAAUGUCAACUUGACAGAAUUAACUCUGGCUCUUGAAAAUGAACUUCUGGUCACCAAGAACGGCAUUCACCAAGCAGCUCUGGCCAGCUUUAAGGCUGAGAUCCGGCAUUUGUUGGAACGGGUUGAUCAAGUGGUCAGAGAAAAAGAGAAGCUGCGAUCAGACCUGGACAAAGCCGAGAAGCUCAAGUCCCUCAUGGCUUCGGAAGUGGACGAUCACCAUGCGGCCAUAGAGCGGCGAAAUGAGUACAACCUCAGGAAACUAGAUGAAGAAUACAAGGAGCGCAUAGCAGCCUUAAAGAAUGAGCUCCGAAAAGAGAGAGAGCAAAUCCUGCAACAGGUGGGCAAGCAGCGUUUAGAACUCGAGCAGGAAAUCGAGAAGGCAAAAACGGAAGAGAACUACAUCCGGGACCGCCUUGCCCUCUCUUUAAAGGAAAACAGUCGUCUGGAAACUGAGCUUCUGGAAAAUGCAGAGAAGCUGGCAGAGUAUGAGAAUCUGACAAACAAACUUCAGCGAAAUUUGGAAAACGUGUUAGCAGAAAAGUUCGGUGACCUUGAUCCCAGUAGUGCUGAAUUCUUUCUGCAAGAAGAGAGGCUGGUGCAGAUGAGGAGCGAGUACGAGCGGCAGUGCAGGGUAUUACAAGACCAAGUGGAUGAACUUGAGUCCGAGCUAGAAGAAUAUCGUGCUCAAGGCAAAGUGUUCAAGCUCCCCCUGAAGAAUUCACUGUCAGAAGAACUUGAUGUUAACAACAGCGGCCUUGAGCCCAACCAGGGGCUCGAGUCGGAAGAGUGCAACCCAUUGAAUAUGAGCAUCGAGGCAGAGCUGGUGAUCGAACAGAUGAAAGAGCAACACCACAGGGACUUGUGUCGCCUGAGACAGGAGCUGGAAGAUCAAGUGCAGCAUUAUGAAGAGCAGCUGGCUGAGACCCGGGACACCUGGGAAAAGGAGCAGGCGACCACAAAGGACAGCUAUGAGCGUGGAAUGCACGCCUUGGAACAACAGAUAAGUGACCUGAGAAGGGAAAUCGCAGAACUGCAGGAGCAGGCGGUGGUGCUGAAGGACACCCACCUCGAGGCCAGCCGCAAGCACGAGGAGGAGAACAAACAACUGCAAAUGGCCUUUGAGGAGGAAAAGAGUCGCCUUCAGGAGGAGCUAAGGCUGCAGCACGAGCUGGAGCUCCAGGCCAGGCUGCAGCAGGUGGAGGAGGGCUUUGGCCAGGAAAGGGAAGGACUCCGGAGCAGCGCCUGGACAGAAGAGAGGGUGCGGGGCCUGGUGCAGGACCUGGAGCGGGCACACCAGGAGCAGCUGCAGAACCUGGGGGAGAAGCACGAGCUUGAAAAGGAGGAGCUGAGGCAGGAGCUCUUGGAAAAGCACCAAAGGGAACUUCAGGAGGAACGGGAAGAGAUGGAAACAGAGUGUAAUAGAAGAGCCUCUCAGAUAGAAGCCCAGUUUCAGGCUGACUGUGAGAAGGUCACUGCAAGGUGUGAGAACGCACUGCACAGCCUGGAGGGCCGCUACCGCCUCGAGCUGAAGGACCUCCGGGAACAGCAGCGGGAGGAGAAGUCCCAGUGGGAGUUUGAGAAGGACGAGCUGGCCCAGGAGUGCGCCGAAGCCCAGGAGCGGCUGAAGGAGACGCUGCAGAGAGAGAAAGCAACCUCUCUGGUCCUGACCCAAGAGAGGGAGAUGCUGGAGAAGAUGUACAAAGAACACCUGAAAAGCAUGGUGCUGGAGAGAGAGCAGCUGCUGCAAGACCUGGAAGACCUGCGGAAGGUGUCUGAGAGCCAGCAGAGCCUGCUGUCCAGCCAGAUGCUUGAGCUGAAGAGCAGUCACGAGAAGGAGCUGAGGGACCGAGAGCAGGUGCUGUGCCAGGCCGGGGCCUCGGAGCAGCUGGCCAGCCGGAGGCUUGAAAGGCUACGUGCGGAAUGUGACCGGGAGAAGCAGGAAAUGGUGGCCAGACUUGGGGCCAUGGAGAGCGCUCACCGCGCCGCCUGUGAGAAGGCAGAGCGAGAGCAGGCUGAGAUGAGCGCGGAGAUCUGCAGGCUCCGGGAUAAGAUAAAGGACCUGCAGCAGGCAGCAUCUCCUGUCUCCGGGCUUCAGGGUGACGACCAGGCGGCGGGAGGGGAGGCGGCAGAAGGAAAUGGGGCCCUGUCCCUGCUUCAGCAGGGGGAGCAGCUGCUGGAAGAAAACGGUGACGUCCUCCUGAGUCUGCAGAGAGCUCAUGAACGCGCGGUGAAGGAAAAUGUGAAAAUGGCUGCUGAAAUUUCCAGACUGCAACAGAGGCUGCAAAAGCUAGAGCCAGGGUCACUAGCGUCAUCCUGUUUAGAGGAGCCAGCUACUGAGCUUUUUGGAAAUUCUGCAGAACAAACGGAGACAUUUUCCUCGCAAAAGCGAAUGAAGCGAGUAGAUGGUGGGAACACGCGGGGUGUCCUAAAUGAUCUGCAAGACAGUGACACCCGGGACCUGGCGAGUACGGGGGCGAGCUCUGCCCAGAGACAGGAGCUCAAAGUCGAAGACUCCGAAGCCUCCAUGGAGAGUUUUUCCGAGCUUGAAAACAGCGAAGAGACCAGGACUGAAUCCUGGGAUCUAAAAAAUCAGGUUAGUCAGCUUCAGCAGCAGCUAGUGAUCCUACGUGCAGAUUGUGACCGAGCCUCUGAAAAGAAGCAGGACUUGCUUUUUGAUGUUUCCAUACUCAAAAAGAAACUGAAGAUGCUGGAGAGAAUCCCAGAGGCGUCUCCCAAGUAUAAGUUGUUGUACGAAGAUGCUGCCCAAGAAAACGACUGCCUGCAGGAAGAGCUGAGAGUGAUGGAGUCUCGCUAUGACCAGGCUCUGGAAAGCAACAAGGAACUCACCAGAGAAGUGUUCCGGUUGCAGGAUGAACUAAAGAAAGCGGAGGAAGUGACCGAAACAUACCUGAGCAUGGAAAAGAGUUACGAUGAGGUCAGAACAGAAAACAAAGAACUGAAUGUUCUGGUUCUGAGGCUUCAAGGGAAGAUUGAGGAGCUGCAGGAAAGAGCGGUCCUGCAUUGUGACUCCUUCUCCUUGUGGGAAGCCCGUUUGGACAACCUGGAGGUCGAACCUGCCGAACAGGUUCUAGAAGUCGGUCAGAGGCUGGAAAAGUGCAUGCCCAAGGUUACACGUGUACACCGCAUUAUAGAAGAACGUAAAGAAGAAAACCAGUGCCAUGAGCAGGGAAGCACACGGCUUUUGGAAAAAGUAAAAACACGUGAAAUUGCCUGGUUGCACAGAACCAUUGAGACACACCCAGAAAAGCGUGGAAUACAGAGUCAGAUUAUCCUAGAAGAAAACUCUGCUGUCCUUGGCCUUCAAGAUAAACGUUUGCAACGUCAGGCCACAAUAGCAGAGUUAGAAAUGGAGAAACAGAAGCUACAGGAGCUGACUAGAAAGCUGAGGGAGCGAGUCACCAUGUUAGUUAAGCAAAGAGAUGCCCCUUGUCAAGUGGAGAAGGAGGAAGAACUGAAGUCCAUGAUGCAUGACUUGCAAGUCACAUGCAGUGAGAUGCAGCAGAAAGUUGAAGCUCUGAGAUAUGAAUCUGAAAAGCUUCAAGAGGAAAAUUCUAUUUUGAGAAGUGAAAUUACUACUUUAAAUGAAGAAGAUAGCGUUUCUAACCUGAAAUUAAAUGGCUCUCAGGAAGAAAUGUGGCAGAAAAUAGAAACCGUAGAACAGGAAAAAGUGGAAAUUCAGAAGAUGGUUGAAAAUUUAAAGAAACAGAUUUCAGAUUUGAAAAUCAAAAACCAACAGUUGGAUUCAGAAAACACAGAACUUAGCCAAAAGAAUUCUCAAAACCAGGGAGAACUGCAAGAACUUAAUCAACGUCUGGCAGAAAUGCUAUGCCAGAGGGAAAGAGAGCCAGGAAGCGGUGCAUUCAAGGAAUGGGAACAAGAAAAGUCUCAACUGAAAAAAGAACUGGAACACUAUAAAGUACAGUCUUCCACCUUAGUGUCUUCUCUGGAGGCGGAACUUUCUCAAGUGAAAAUACAGACCCACAUCGUGGAGCAGGAAAACCUCCUUCUCAAAGAUGAACUGGAGAAAAUGAAACAACUGCACAGAUGUCCUGACCUCUCGGACUUUCAGCAAAAAAUUUCUAGUGUUCUAAGCUACAAUGAAAGACUGCUGAAGGAAAAAGAAGCUCUCAGUGAAGAACUAAAUAGCUGUGUGGAUAAGUUGGCAAAAUCAAGGCAUUUGGAGCACAAAAUUGCUGCUCUGAAGCAGGAACAAAAAUCUUGGGAGCACCAGAAUGAGACCCUGAAGUCACAGCUGGCGGACUCACAGGAAAAGGUUCAGGACCUAGAAGAUACGCUGCAAAACACCAGCCUUCAAAUGUCCCGCAUUAAAUCCGACCUCCAAGGGACUCAGCAGGAGAAGGAGGCUUUAAAACAAGAAGUAAUCGCAUUACAAAAACAACUUCAGAAUGUGGGUGACAAGAACUGGGCCUCAGAAACAGCCAUCCGUCCGUCAGGGCCCCAGAGCCAGCAGCAAAGGCUGUCUUGGGAGAGGCUGGACCGCCCGAUGCAUGAGGAGCAGCAGCUGCCCUGGCAAGAGAACGACAGGCUCCAGAGCGUGGUGCAGAGCACCAAAGCAGAGCUCUCGCACUCCAGGGAGAAGGUCCGUCAGCUGGAAUCCAGCCUUCUUCCCCUUAAGCACCAAAAACAUCUCAACUCAGCAGGUACUGUGAAACCCACAGAGCAAGAAAAGUUGAACUUAAAAAGAGAGUGUGAACAGUUGCAGAAAGAACCAUCUCCCGCUCAGAGGAAGGUCAGUCAGAUGAAUGUCCUUGAACGAGAAUUAGAAACAAUUCAUUUGGAAAAUGAAGGCCUGAAAAAGAAGCAAGUGAAACUGGAUGAGCAGCUGGUGGAGAUGCAGCACCUGAGGUCCACUGUGAUGCUUAGCCCGUCCCCUCCUUGGGAUCUGCAGCCGCUCCAGCAGCAAGCCUGUCGGGUGGUCCCCAGGGAGCAGUUUUUGCAGCUUCAACACCAGCUGCUGCAGGCGGAAAGGAGAAACCAGCACCUGCAGGAGGAACUUGACAACAGGGCCUCUGACACCAACAUGCCACAGGGAAGCCAGGAACAACUGGUAACGCUGAUGGAAGAACGGAUGAUAGAAGUUGAACAGAAAUUGAAACUAGUGAAGAGGCUUCUUCAAGAGAAAGUGAAUCAGCUCAAAGAACAACUCUGCAAGAACACUAAAGCAGAUACAGUGGUGAAGGAUUUGUAUGUUGAAAAUGCUCAGUUGUUGAAAGCUCUGGAAAUGACUGAACAGCGACAGAAAACAGCAGAGAAGAAAAAUUACCUCCUAGAAGAGAAGAUUGCCAGCCUCAGUAACAUAGUCAGGAAUCUGACACCAGCGCCCUUGACUUCUACGCCUCCUUUGAGGUCAUAGCCACACCAAAAGAUGCACUCUCUUUUGUGCACUUUACUGAAAUAGGUGGAACAUUUCACUAGGUUCCCUUAACCCUCUUUAAAAAAAAACAAAAACCCUUAAGGGCUUAAAAUUAAAACUAAGCCGAAGUCUGCCGUUCAUCAUAGCAAGUUUUUUAAAAUAGACUCUUGUGGGAAUUCCAACAAACAAUCACAUAUUUCACUGUUUAUUCAGAAGCUCUGAAUUUAUUUUUGAAGUGUUCUACUAGUAGCUACCAAGAAGAUGAAUGUAUAAAACAAUUUCAGAACCUUAAAAUCCCAUUUUAAUGUAUUUUUUAAAAGUCACUAUGAUAUAUCAACUGUGUAGAGUCUGGAUAUUUUCUAAGUUUGAGACCUGAUUAAAAUGGUUACUAAGAACUAUCUUAAAAUCAAAUGUAGGCGUUACACAUUUAAACACUGAAGAGCCACUCUGGUUGUAGUAGUUUGGGGUUUUUAAAGUAAUUGGUAGACUGUACUUCUGCUUGAUAAGAAGGCUGGACUCGGAAACCAGCGAGGUCAGGAAAGCCCAAGUUUGCAGAACUCUACUUUCCAACACCUGCUACUACUCGUGAUGUAUUAUAGAUUAAGAACUGAUACAUUUAAGCUAUAGUUGAGUGUUACUACCCUUGAUGUAUGAUAGAUUUAGAAUGGAUUUACUCAACUGCACUCAUAACUAAUGUUAAAGCUUUACUUUUUUUAAACAGCCUUUUUCUUCCUCCUCUUAGAAGUUUCAUUUGGGACCUUGUCUUCUAAGAAAUGGAUAAAGCCACAUUCUUAAAGCAUCUGAACUAUAGGGAGAGCCCUGAACAAAUUACUUGGGAGUAAGCAGCCACUUUUGAAGAGGGAUAUGCAGACCAUGGGGUUCUCCUACGUCUAAAGUCUUAAAAUUCAUGGACCUACCUUUGAGGAUGCCUCAAGAACUCAGGGAACAAUUCUUUAUACUCUUCCUGAUCUACUGUUGGGCUUCUCUAAGAGUUUGGAAUGUAUAAACCGUGUGACCUUAUUUAUUUUAUGUAUUUACAGCCAUGGCAUUUUUAUUUCUACAUUUUAGUGCAUUUAAUUGUCUGAAAGAGGCCUUGAUCUUAGAAGCGAAAACUUCUUCUAACUUAUAGAUUAGUUUCUAUUGUUUGUUUAAUACAGGUCAAAAUUUCCAAGCUUCUUACCCUUCUAUACCUCAGAUCUGAUGGCAAGAGUUUCUUACUGUUGUUCGCGCUGGCAUGCCAUUCGUGGGAAGGUCGUGCAAGACAGGAUUGUCCAUCCAUUCCCGAGAUCAGAACUUACAGCACAGUAAAUAUUCUAGACUGGAUAACACACUGCCUGCCUCAUCCCUGUUAAAAUCUCCACUUCUAGCCUACUUUCUCCGGCAAUUAGUGGAGGACUUAAAAGGUGCAGGACACUACCAAAGGUCAUCAUACCCACCUACUUGCUUUUACAAGACAGUACAUCAAAAAUUUCACUUUGAUGUAUUCCCGGAAGUUCAAACUCAUCUAUUGACAGGAGCUAUAAACAAAAUAACCAAACACUGCUUUAUCAGCAGGAACAUAGGAUAGAGCAAGCUGCCUAAGAAGUCAUAUAGCCGUCAGACCUUCAAUCUCAACAAAACAAUUUCUAUAAAGGAACUUCUUCCUCAGGGCCUAACCACCUGUCAGUCUCAGCUGCCAGUAGGAGUCCUCACUGUACAAGUCCUUGACAAGGCCCUCCUGUUUGUGGGACUAGGAGUUCAUACUGGUAAAGGAGACAUUUCAACUUUUGAACAGCUCUUCUUAUCCCUCAGAAAAAGAAUUUUCAUUCUUCCUUAUAAUUACUCUUCAAACUAUUUGACAUCUGCUAUCACACCUUCUCUAAAUCCCUACCAUGUAAAUAAACUCAACUACUUGUAUGGCACUGGCAUUAAUAGAAAGUUUUUUCACUUAAAAUUUUGGAGAGCCCUAGGCCAAGGGCAAGGUACAACCUAAGCAUCUGUGGUGUGCUUAUAUGGUUGCUUCAGGUUAGUCAAUGUUAUUACCACUGAAACUGAACACAAAGCAUAUUUCCCAAGUAGCUGGCUUAGUAUGUGAUCACAUUUAUUGUAUUUGUUUAUUUUUUACAUUAUGAAAAGUGUAGGUCAAUUUGUUUCCUAUAAAUUUGUAUUUAUUUAUAUAUAAAAUGCUGUACAAUAAAUGUAAAUAAGACAUUUUGGGAAGUUUUAGACUACAUUUAGAUUACAUUUAUCCAAAAUUAAAAUAGUACUCAAAUGAAAAUUUAGCCAAUAGGCGAUUUGUUGCUUUUACCUACUAACAAAAUUGGGGGAAAAGUCAUGAGAAAUAUCAUACAGAUACCUUAAAUUUAUAUAUUUGUGCAACAGUUUAUUUUUGAGACACAGUUUAGAGUGGGAGUUUAACUGCCCAUUUCUAAUAUAGCAAUGGCUUUUAGGAUACUAAAAAGAUUUUAAAUUUAAAAUGUUAAAAUUAUGUUUAGAUUUCGCUUUCAGACUUCUUAAAUGGCACGCUUCAAAAUCAAGUUAUAUAUUUUAUAGGAAUUCAGAUUUUUUUAUUAAAAGCACUGGUUGUUAAAUUUAUUUUAAUGUAAUAGUAAUUAUUUAAGAUUUUCCUAUAAGAUCAGAUCUUCAUUUCAAGGACAAAGAAUCAAAUUUACCUUUGCAAUACUGUAUUGCCCUGCGCAAAGGAAAAUAUGGGUGAUAAGACCUCCAUUAUCCUAUUUUACUUUCUUCUGCUUUUUAAAAGUCUGGGCUCUUAAGCUCAAAUUUGUGAAGAGAGAGAAGUAGAAAGUAUAGAACCAACCACAGUAUUUUAUUUAUUUUUCUAACGCUCUUAUUAAAUCCAGACUUUAAAAACUGUUUUAAAUGUGAACGCUUCGCAAGAGCUUCAAUACACUGUUUAUAUAUUCAACCAGCAGCAUACUUUACAUAAGUAGAUCAUGAAAUUAUAGGCUUUCAGGGUAUCAAAAAUGCAUCAAGGCCCAGGGCAGGAAUUAUUUUGAGAAGUUGCUUUUGUUUUAAGAAAGUUAUAAGGCUUUCUGGCAGAGUUUGGCUUUUUGACAUGUAAAAAAUGAAUUUGUAAUUUCUCUUUUUAUUUUGCUGAGUGAAGAAAAAAGAAAUACACUGCUAUGGUCAGGUAUGAAGCAAGUCAUGUUAUGAGUGGAUUACCUGUAAUGAGUGACUCAUUGGAAUGAUGUAAUUAUACAAGCAAUGCCAAAAACCAAAUCAAAACCUAAUAACCAAAGCAUUCACAUUUAAAAUAUUAUAUCCUGUUUGGACCUCUUUGAACAUUUCAGUGCUGAAAAAUAAUUUUUAUUUUGUGGCAUAGGAAUAAUUGUUUGAUAACAUCAAAAUUAGAUGUUUUGUUUUUCAGCUCUUUGGAUGAUACAAGUUAAAUUUGCUCUUCUCUUUUUUUCCGGUACCAGAAAUUGAACUCGGGACCUUGCGCUUGCCAGGCAGGCGCUGUGCAACUGAGCCAUAUCACCGGCUAAAUUUGUUUUUACUGGGGAGACAUUAUUACAGCAUGAUUUAAGGGGACAUUAGUUUUGGAAAGGAAAACUUGAGUUCACCUACAGUCAUCUCUAGAAUUUGGUUCACAUACAAAAUAAUGUAUAUGUGUUUAUAUCAGUUGUAUAUAUCUCAUCUUAGCCAUUGUAUCCUAGAAACUUUAAUGUGACUCUAAAUGUAAAUAAAUAAUUUUCCAAGCAUG